UGACGUCACUGUUUCGCCUGCUGUCAUAUGGGAAAACAUGGCGUCUGUGUCAGAAAUGUACGAUGUGGGCUGGGAGGAGAUGAGAGACAAACUUCGCAAAUGGAGAGAAGAUAACCGCAGGAACAGUGAACAGAUAGUGGAAGUUGGGGAAGAGCUCAUCAGUGAGCAUGCGUCUAAACUUGGAGAUGACAUUUGGAUCAUUUACGAGCAGGUGAUGAUCGCAGCUCUGGACUGCAGUCGCGAUGACUUGGCUCUGACCUGUCUGCAGGAACUGAGGAAGCAGUUUCCAGAUAGCCACAGAGUGAAGCGAUUAGCGGGCAUGAGGCUGGAAGCUUUGGAAAGGUAUGAAGAGGCCAACAAGCACUACGAUGCCAUUCUCCAGGAUGACCCCACCAAUACGGCAGCAAGGAAGCGCAAGAUUGCCAUUCUGAAGGCCCAGGGGAAGAGCACUGAAGCCAUAAGAGAGCUCAAUGAGUAUCUUGAGCAGUUUGUUGGGGAUCAGGAGGCGUGGCACGAGCUGUCGGAGCUUUACAUUAACGAACAUGAUUAUGGAAAAGCGGCAUUUUGCCUGGAGGAACUGAUGAUGACCAACCCCCACAAUCACUUGUACUGUGAGCAAUAUGCAGAGGUGAAGUACACCCAGGGGGGGCUGGAAAACAUGGAGCUGUCCAGGAAGUACUUUGCUCAGGCGCUGAGGCUGAACAACCGAAACAUGAGGGCGUUGUUCGGGCUGUAUAUGUCUGCAAGUCACAUCGCUUCCAGUCCUAAAGUCAGUGCCAAGGUGAAAAAGGACAAUAUAAAAUAUGCUGCCUGGGCUGCCACUCAAAUAAAUAGAGCCUACAAGCUUGCUGGCCGUGGGACCAAGGAGACUAAGUACUCUGUGAAGGCAGUGGAGGAGAUGUUGGAGUCCAUGCAGAUCACCAUGUCUUAGAAAUGCAGAGGCAUCAUUUCUUCUUUCUCAAACGUGGCAGCUAGGUCUCAGUCAUUUUAGUCAUUCUUAGUUUUGUCCUGUUUUUAAAGAAAAGGCUAGUAACUUAAUAACCUUUAUGAACACAGAAAGCUACAGUAAAACAAGAAGUCUGUUGUGAUUCAGUCCCAGAUGGCAGUUUACCGUCUCCUCCAUGUCAUUUGCUGUUAUUUGCCACUUAUGCAUUAAUGCUAACACCGUCUGAUUGAGAAAGAAGAAAACUGUACAUUGAAUGCUAUUUAUACAAAAACGAUAAGUAGAGAUGCUGCCUGUUUGCACUGACCUCUCCUGUCUGUGUCCUUCUGUAAAUGAAACAAAUUAAACUUUUUUAAAACCUUC